UAUUAGCCUUUUCUAUACGCGUGUAUGAAUAAAAAUAGCUGAUUGAAAUGUUCAAAGAUAAACAAUCACCGAGCUAAAUGAUUAUUCUCCUUUAUACACUUUACCGAAUGAUCGAAGAAGAUUCCUCUAACGAGUUACACGUAUUUCUAUAAAUGGAUUUCCAGAAGUAAAUCUCGGAAUAUGAAUCGACGGAUCGAAUUAAAUUCCUGAUCUACAUUAUUGGACGUCUCGCUAAUGAUUAUAGUGCGAAUACCAAAAAGAAGUCGCUUGGAAUUUUUGAUUUUAUGCGAGAUGUAAUUAAAGUACGAAAUCUAAUACAUAAAACCAUGAUGCAAGUAAAAUAUUUUCUUUAUUACAUCGUGACGUAAAACUAUGAAAACUGUGGCGAUUUACGUCGCGCAUGUGCAUUCGAAAAUUGUAUCAAUCGCGGUAGAGUCCAGGAUUUAUCGAAACUUUUUCAUAAAAUAAGAUAAGUUGUACGUACAGUUCAACAAUACAUCGAUUACAUAAGCUAGUAAUCGUCAGACGAAGUCUGUACAACACGAAAAUGUGCCAGAAACAAUAUAAAAAUGUUACGCAUUGUAUUUUUGAUAUGGACGGAUUACUGCUUAAUACAGAACCAUUGUAUACGGAAGCCUUUAAUUAUAUUACAAGACGUUAUGGGAAAGAAUUUACGUGGGAGCAUAAAGCACAAACCAUGGGUUUUAGGACCGACGAUGUUGCGAACGCUGUCAUUGAAAUGUUAUCUUUGCCAAUGACAUUAGAAGAGUUUAAAAGUGAAAUAGUCACCAAGUACGAAGAGUUGUUCCCUACCACAGAUCUUAUGCCAGGUGUUGAUAAAUUAUUGACACAUUUGAAACAGAAUAAUAUCCCAAUCGCAUUGGCCACAAGUUCGAGCAAAGGACAUUAUGAACUAAAAACUCAGAGAUGGAAACACAUAUUUGAUCUAUUCGACCAUAAAGUGCUCGGUGGUUCUGAUCCCGAAGUUCUUAAUGGUAAACCAGCACCCGAUAUCUUUCUCACAGCUGCCAAACGUUUCCCUGAUAAUCCCGAUCCCUCUAAGUGCCUUGUGUUCGAGGACGCUCCUAAUGGGGUAAAGGCUGCGUUCAGUGCUGGGAUGCAGGUGGUUAUGGUGCCAGAUCCAUCGUUACCAAAGAAAUAUAUCGAGAAUCCAACGUUAGUGAUAAACAGUCUUGAAGAAUUUCGACCCGAACUGUUUGGCCUACCGCCGUAUAGCACAUGUUGAAAUAUGUUACUCGAGACACACAGGUCUGAUGCGUCAGACUUUGUAAAAUGAAUGAUACAAAAAAUAAAGUUCUCGAAGAUACAAGGUG